UUCAGUGUGCAGCGCAGGCAUGGAGAGUGAGGAGGAUGCACCAGCAGACGGGGCUGCAAACUGUCCUAUUUGCAACAAGUCUGUUCCCUUGGACAUUAUCAACAGUCACAUAGAUGUGUGCCUAUUGCCAGGAGGACAAAGCCUUCCAUCAGAGAACAAGAGGAAAGAGAAGCAGAGCAAAACAGAAUCCUCCAUCAUCACCACCAUGCCACACUCGUCCAAGAAGAGGCCCUCUCCCUCAACAAAGGGCAAGCAAUCUUUACUCUCGUUUACAACGGCCUCCUCUUUACUGCACCUCAGUCCCAAGAGUGAGGGUGACCCACCACCAGCUAAGAUGAGGAAGAUGACCGGUACACCAACUUCAUCACAACAGUUCAGUGAAGUCCCUCGCACCAUUCAUAAAGUCCCGGCUACCCCACCUCCUACCAACCUCCCCACCCCCCUGGCCGAGGCGAUGCGUCCAUCCUCCAUAGAGGGCUACGUUGGACAGGAGAGCGUGAUCGGUAGGAAUGCUAUACUGCGCAGUAUCUUGGAGACGGGACAGGUGCCCUCACUGAUAUUCUGGGGACCUCCUGGAUGUGGGAAGACCACUCUGGCUCGGAUUGUUGCCAUGGUAGCAAAAGACAAGUGUGGAUGUCGGUUUGUGCAGUUAUCGGCUACCACUUCAGGGGUUAAUGAGGUCAAAGAGGUGGUGAAGGUUGCAAAGAAUGAGAAGGCAUUCAGGAGGAAUACCAUCUUGUUUGUGGAUGAGAUACAUCGAUUCAACAAACUGCAGCAAGACACGUUCCUUCCUCAUGUGGAGGACGGUACCAUCACCCUGCUCGGAGCCACGACAGAGAACCCCUCCUUUCAACUCAACUCAGCCCUCCUCAGUCGCUGUCGGGUGAUCGUGCUCGAGAAGCUGGAGGUGGGAGAUGUAGGGGUACUGCUGCGGAGGGCUGCUCGUCAGAUGGGGGUGGAGCUGAACGAUGAGGGCAGCGGUGCUAAUGGCCCAGUGCUGAUAGAGGACGCUGCCCUGACCACACUGGCUGAGCUGUGUGAUGGUGAUGCUAGGAGCGCUCUCAAUGGUCUACAGCUGGCAGUGCAGGCCAAACAAGCACUGCUCACUAGAAACCAAUCACCCUCCACAAGUUCUUUAGAAGAACACUCUUCAUCCGUCAAUUCCAAACCAACCUCUUCAGCAGAAUCUACUCCAACUUGUUCCAGUAGUGAACUUAACACAAACUCAAACUCAUCAAAGAAUAAGGACACAAUUAAUACACCACCUAUCAUUGUAACUGUACAGGACGUUAAGGAGAGCUUGCAGAGGUCACACUUGAUCUACGAUAGAGCUGGAGACGAGCAUUACAACAUCAUCUCAGCACUCCACAAGUCGAUGAGGGGUGGUGAUACUAACGCCUCGCUCUACUGGCUUGCCCGGAUGCUCUGUGGGGGGGAGGACCCCCUCUAUGUGGCUAGGAGGAUCGUUAGGUUCGCCAGUGAGGACAUAGGGCUGGCUGAUCCCAAUGCUCUCACUCAAGCAGUGGCUGCGUUUCAAGGAUGUCAGUUCCUCGGGAUGCCCGAAUGUGAGGUUCUCCUUGCCCAAGCAGUGGUGUACAUGGCCCAGGCCCCCAAGUCUAUCCAGGUCUACUCAGCAUACAGUAAAGCCAAGCAGUGCGUGAAGGACACCAAGGGACCCCUCCCCUCCGUACCCCUACACCUACGAAACGCCCCCACUCGUCUCACAAAGUCACUAGGUUACGGACGAGGGUACAAGUACAACCCUGACUUUGAGGGGGAAAAUGUGGACCAAGAUUAUAUGCCUAAGGGCAUGCAUAAACUGAACUUUUUCAUGAAAUGAGAUUUGCGAUUUCGAAUAUUAUUAUUUAUCAACCAUUCUUUGCCAGUCAAUUCAUUAUCUUGUCAUCAUUAUUCAAUUUUCAAUAAAUGCACCGUGAUUGAUGUAAAAAUGUUUUGAAAAAGA